AUGGCCGCCAUGUUCAGCCAAAACCCGGUCAUGAAUGGCCCAAAUUACUCCUUCUCGGAUGCCCCCAAGACGCAUGGGGAGCCUCGUGAGCACCGCUUCAAUCCCUACACCGACAAUGGCGGUUCUACGCUGGGCAUCGCCGGUGCCGACUUCACCAUCAUGGCUGGAGACACCCGCCACACCAGCGGUUACAGCAUCAACUCCCGAAUGGCUCCCAAGGUUUUCAGAAUUGGCGGCUCAAACGCAUCGCAAGAUGACGCCACGAUUGUGCUCUCCGUCUGCGGCUUUGCUGCCGAUGGCGCCGCCCUGCGAGACCAACUCGAUACCAUUUGCAAGAUCUACCGCUACCGGCACGGCAAGCCAAUGACGUUGAACGCCUGCGCCAAGCGGUUGUCGACGAUUCUAUACCAGAAGCGAUUCUUCCCCUAUUACGUAACAGCCAUGUUGGGCGGCCUUGAUGAAGAAGGCAAGGGCGCUGUGUAUUCGUACGAUCCCGUUGGCAGCUACGAGCGAGAACAGUGUCGGGCCGGCGGUGCAGCAGGAAGCUUGAUUAUGCCCUUCCUUGAUAACCAAGUCAACUUCAAGAAUCAGUACAUCCCCGGAAGCGGUGAAGGCCACGAUCUCAAGGAGAGGGAGCGCCAUCCUCUGUCCAGAUCUCAAGUCGAGACCAUUAUCAAAGAUGCCUUCGACGGUGCUGUGGAACGCCACAUUGAGGUUGGUGAUGCCCUGCAGAUGCUUGUCAUUACCAAGGAUGGCAUUGAGGAGACCGUAUUGCCAAUGAAGAAGGAUUGA